AGUUCCAAAGUGACGUUGGUGGAGGUAGUGUACAUGCAUACAGGAAUUGAUAAUAUCACGAAAGAUUGGAGUAACUGCUCUCGUGUUUCUUUUCGUCUUCAUAUACGUACCGGUUUUAUACAAGGGGGAAAUCCAUCGUUUCAACAGCACUUGUGCGAAGGAAUCUAUGAUACAUCGAAAUAAACGAGAAUACGAUAUAUAUAACUGUUUGGAGAAUAACAUUAAGACAAUGCCUUCUCGAGAGGAUCACGGUCAUGGACGCAUAUCAAAUUUUAAAUUCAAUAAUAAACCCGAAGAAGCACGAAUGAGAAGGAACGCAUUAUCAGUGGAGCUACGUAAAGCCAAAAAGGAUGACCAAUUGUCGAAACGACGUAAUCUUAGCACCAAGCAAGAACUGCCAAAUUUAUCAGAAGAAGCUAUAGUUUCAUCCAUUUCUGUUCUUUCUAUAGAUGAAAUCGUAAACCAUAUAAAUUCGUCAGACGAAACAUUACAAUUGGCGGCAAUACAAACUUGCAGGAAACUAUUGAGCCGAGAAAAAGAUCCACCUAUAAAUGAUAUGAUAGAAGGUGGCAUAGUACCGCUCUGUGUUAAACUCUUGGAUAGCGAUCACAAUGUCUCCUUGCAAUUUGAAGUGGCAUGGGUAUUAACUAACAUAGCUUCAGGUACAUCCGUUCAAACACAGAAUGUUGUGAAACACGGAGCAAUACCGAAAUUAGUGAAAUUACUUAAGUCUGCGUCGCCUAUUGCUGCGGAACAAGCAGUGUGGGCCUUAGGGAAUAUAGCUGGAGAUGGGCCAUAUGCGCGCGAUCUUGUUCUCGGGCAUGAUGCUCUACCUCUUUUGAUCGAUUUAAUCAAACCUGACACUCCGAUAACAUUCACACGCAACAUCGUAUGGACUUUGUCUAAUUUGUGUCGAAAUAAGAAUCCUCCUCCAGUCUUUGAAUCGAUUAGACCUCUGUUACCAGUAUUUAAUUGUCUGCUGAGUUAUACAGAUCGAGACGUACUUGCCGAUACUUGCUGGGCGCUCUCUUAUCUUACCGAUGGAGCCAAUGAAAAAAUACAAGCGGUAUUGGAAACUGGCAUUAUACCGAAACUUGUAGAAUUGCUGGCGUCGCAGGAAGGAGCUAUUCUUACUCCAGCAUUACGUGCGGUUGGAAACAUAGUAACGGGUGACGAUGCUCAAACGGAUGCUGUAAUUUUCGCGGGAGGAUUAUCGCAUCUCGGUGCCUUAUUGCGAUAUCCUCGCGCUAAUGUUGUGAAGGAAGCUGCUUGGGCGAUCAGUAAUAUUACAGCUGGUAGCCCGGACCAAAUUCAAAGUGUGAUAAAUGCCGAUUUGUUACCACCACUGAUACAUGUAUUGCAGUUUGGAGACUACAAGGCACAAAAAGAAGCCGCAUGGGCUGUAACUAAUUUAACAACAGGGGGAACAGUUCAACACUUAACUCAAUUAGUGGGAGCGGGUGUAUUGCCACCUUUUUGUAAUUUAUUAGAAUCGAAGGAUUGGAAUGUUAUUCUUGUUGUCUUAGAUGGUUUAACUAAUAUCUUGCAUGCUGCGGAGAAAGUGGGACAAGUGGAAAGACUUGCCAUUAUGAUUGAAGAAGUUGGAGGAUUAGAUAAAAUAGAAGCUCUUCAACAUCAUGAAAAUGAGCAAGUUUAUCAAAGAUCUAUGGCUAUAAUCGACACCUUUUUCUCUCAAAGGGACGAAGAAGAGGCUCUUGCUUGUGAAGUUAAGGAGAACAAUGAUGGACAGAUUGAAUUUAACAUGACAGAGGAUUCGUCGAUAAAUAAAUUUAAUUUCUAAUACAUCUGAAUGCAUCUUUGUACUUGAAUUGAAGUAGUAUAUAAAAAAUUUAUCAAUAUGAGAUUCGAUUAUCAAUUUGUUAUAGUGGUUGCAAUGUAAUAAAAAUUAAAAUGUUUUAAAUCGACCAAUCGAGUUUCAACGAAAUUUGUAACAAACAGGGAAAAAAAGAGUUACCGAUACUAUUAUUCAAUUGUAAACAUUAAUCUUAUUUUUUUAUGCGUAAGAAUAAAAUUUAUUAUUUUCUUUUGAUAAUUGAUUCUCAUAUCUUUUAGACGUUUCUACAUGUGUGAAAUCUCUUAUUGUUAUGUUACUUUUAGAAAUAGAAACUUUGAUAUUAUUUGAUGUAUACUCUAUAAACAUUAGGAUUUAUUUUGUAAUAAGAAUAGUCAUAUAGCUUCUUUUGUACUACUUUAAUAGAAAGGAAGAAAACAAUGCGGCUUAAUCAUGUUUUAGUCUUUAAAAGAGAAAAAUUAU